GAAAUUUGCUUUCACACCUUUUGUAUUUUUGUUUUACUUUGUGUUAUGAAACAUUUUUUCUUAUGUAUCGGUGUGACUGAUUUUCUAUUUUUUAUCGUAUUUUGGGGCCAUGACAUUGACGGAUGGUUUAAAAUAUGAAAAACUGGAACGGCACAUCAGAUAAAAGUAAAGGAUUUGGUGGUAGACGCAAAUCUGUCAAGCAAGAGGGAAAAUCCAUUUGGGGAAAUGGCGGCAAGCGUCGCAUCUAGAGAGAUGCCUUCGGAAACCGUCGCAAAGGUCAACGGAAUCAUCACAAGCGCCGGCGAUAGCUUCGUACUUCCGGCGAAGUACGAAGGUGAGGGAGUCCACUCCGAUUUGAUCCGCAGCCUGCUCAAAGUUCAACAUAUCCAUCGCGGCCGUGUAACCUGCAUCUUCACCGUCAAACCAUACGUUUGCAACAGGUAUAACACUUUACAUGGAGGAGCAGUCGGAUCAAUAGCAGAGAUUGUGGCCAUAGCUUGUGCAAGAACUGUUGUCCACAAAGAUAAAGAGCUUUUUCUUGGUGAAUUGAGCGUCUCGUAUCUAGCUGCUGCUGUGAACCAAGCAGAAGUGAUGAUUGAUGCAUCUGUGAUAAGGAGUGGAAGGAAUUUGACAGUAGUUGCUAUAGAGUUCAAGCUAAAGGAUAAGGAAAUAUCGACUUACUUGUGUCGUGCUACCUUCUAUAACAUGCCUGUUGCAAGCCUAUGAGGAAUGUUACACGUACGUUCUUUUAUAAUAAGGUUUUCUAUAUAGCCUUGUACAAACAAAGAGGAUGGAGGGAAUCUAUAACAAUGGAUGUGUGAGCGUGUGAAAAUACCAAAAUGCCCUCAUGUUACAUGUGCAAGGCAUAUGAGGAGGAGUUGAAUGGAAGCCACAUAACGGCAGUUGGUGUUGGGGUGAGGGAUGAAGAGUGCAAAUCUAGUUUGGAUUAGGGACAAUCUUUGUAAGAAACAAAACCUUUGAACUAAAGGUAUUAUAAUUAGCAAACAUGUACUUUUUAGUCCAACUAUAAUACAUAGACAAAAUUACAUAAAUUGUUUUACAAAAGUCAAAAGCUCAG